UUCUUACAAAAACAAAACUGAUUCGAUUAGAGAGACUAGAGAGAGCAGAAGAAGGAGUUUCGUCUUAUCGGAAAUUAUGAAUGCGGUAAUAACAUCAACCAUCAUCAACUACAACUCUCUGUCGCCGUCAUGGAUAAGCGGAGAGAAUUGGCCGUCAAAGGUUCUGUUGGGGGAAAUCUCUGCCGCGUUCUCACGGCGGAGGACGAAGGUGUCAUGCAGCAAGAGCAGCCCAGAUGAUUACCACUCAACCCUCAAAUCACUCAAUUCUCGUGGUCGCUUUCCCAGAAAAUCCCUCGGCCAGCAUUACAUGUUGAAUUCGGACAUUAACGACCAGCUAGCCUCUGCGGCUGAUGUGAAAGAAGGAGAUUUUGUAUUAGAGAUUGGUCCUGGGACUGGUUCUUUAACCAAUGUCCUUAUCAAUUCAGGUGCUACAGUUCUUGCCAUCGAAAAGGAUCCUCAUAUGGUGGCUUUGGUGACCGAACGAUUUGCUGAUUCUGACAAGUUCAAGGUUUUGCAAGAGGAUUUUGUCAAGUGUCACAUCCGUUCUCACAUGCUCUCCAUUUUAGAGAGUAGAAGGUUAUCACAUCCAGAUUCUGCUCUUGCAAAGGUUGUUUCUAACUUACCUUUCAAUAUAAGUACUGAUGUUGUGAAGCUUCUACUUCCUAUGGGUGAUAUCUUCUCAAAAGUUGUUCUCUUACUCCAGGACGAGGCAGCAUUGCGAUUGGUUGAACCAGCACUGCGAACAUCUGAAUACCGUCCCAUCAACAUUUUGAUCAACUUCUAUUCAGAACCGGAAUACAAUUUCAGAGUUCCUAGGGAAAACUUCUUCCCUCAGCCCAAGGUUGAUGCUGCUGUUGUAACAUUCAAGCUGAAGCAUCCGAGUGACUAUCCUGAUGUUUCGUCCACCAAAAAUUUCUUCUCUUUGGUGAAUUCUGCAUUCAAUGGGAAGAGAAAAAUGUUGAGAAAGUCCCUCCAGCACAUAUCAUCAUCUCCUGAGAUCGAAAAAGCUCUCGGAGUUGCUGGUCUUCCAGUCACUUCAAGGCCUGAAGAGCUUACCUUGGAUGACUUUGUCAAGUUGCAUAACGUAAUCGCCAGCGAAUAAGACCAACGAGAAGGACCAUCAUCAGUAUCUAUGUUUUCUCGGCUUUGGAGUUAUACGAAGCCAUUUGAAAACAGAAAAAUGAUGGCAACAAGAUGAGGAAGACAUGCCAUUGAUGCAGAUCAAGCUGCUGAAAGACGAAUGUG